AUGUCCUCUGACGAAGAGCAGCCCUCCUCCUCCACCUCGCUCCCUCCAGAGUCUCACUUUAUCGGGAGGAGGGAGGACAUAGUCAGAGCGGGACGUGUGAGCAGGCUCCUGAACGGCUGCAGAGACGUCCUGGUUCUCCACCAUCAGGGACAGCUUUAUGCUAUGGACCUGCGCUGCUACCAUGCUGGUGGUGGGUUGCAACAUGGAGACAUAGAGGAGUUCAAUGGCAAGUUGUGCAUUGUCUGUCCGUGGCAUAAGUACAAGAUCACUCUGGCUGAAGGAGAGGGCCUGUACCAAGCCGUGGACAACCCCCUGGUCAGACCCUUACAGACAGAGUGGCGUUCCAAAGGCGUGAAGCAGCGUGUGCACCAGGUCACGGAGGUCCGGGGAGACGUCUAUGUGACUCUCAAUACACGCUCAGAGGACGUGGAGUCUGACCGCUACCAGACCCACAAGUACAGGACUGACUCUGAUCCCACCAGAGCAAAGACAUAA